AUGUCGUCGGACGAGAUUGUGUGGCAGGUGAUCAACCAGCAAUUCUGCUCGUUCAAGUUAAAGCUGAGCAGCAAAGACCAAACAUUUUGUCGGAACGAGUAUAACCUGACGGGCUUCUGCAACCGGCAGUCCUGCCCCCUCGCCAAUUCCCGCUAUGCCACCGUCCGACCAGAUCCCCAGACAGGGGCGCUCUGCCUGUUCAUCAAGACCCCCGAACGCAAUCACCUGCCGUCGAAGUGGUGGGAAAAGAUCCGGCUGCCCAACAAUUACGAGAAGGCGCUGCUGGCUCUCGACGAGAAACUGCAAUAUUGGCCUAAAUUCUACAUCCACAAGUGCAAACAGAGGCUCACGCGGUUGACGCAAGUGAAGAUUCGCCAGAGGAACAUCGCUAAGGAGGAGGUGCGACUGGGUGAGAAGAAUGUCAGUCGACUGGCUCCCAAGGUCCGUCGGAGGGAAGAGACCCGCGAGCGGAAAGCAGAGAGUGCGGCCAAGGUGGAGAGGGAGAUCGAACGGGAACUCAUGGAGCGGCUAACGAGCGGCGCCUACGGUGACCGGCCCCUCAAUAUCGAGGAGGGGCUGUGGAGAAAGGUGCUGAGAGGCCUCGAGAGGAAAGAGAAAGGUGAAGAGCUGCUGGAUGACGAGUUGGAAGAGGACGAGAAUGGGGAAGAAAUCGAGGCCGAGGUGGAGUAUGUUUCCGAUUUGGAGGAGAGCGAGGACGAACUGGAGCAGGAGAUGGAGGACUUUGACGACUGGCUCGGUGGAGAGAGUCCAGACGAGGAAGAUCUCACCGAAGAGUCUGGAGAAGACGAAGACGAAAGUGAAGGCAGCGACGAGGAUGAAGGCGAAGACGCAGGGGGAAAGAAGAGGAAGCGACAUACGCGGCAACCAUCAAAGCCACAGAAGAAGCCUCGUGGCCGAGUGGAGAUUGAGUAUGAGACCGAGCUGCCAUUGAAGGAGACGGUACUGGCUUAG